UCGACGUUGACCUUGAUGGAGUACUGGGAAUGGUACUCUUUGAAUGACUCUCUUCUGUGUUUUAUCAUACCACCUCUUCUCUUCUUGCUGAUCAUUCACUGGAGAUCAAACUCCGGCCGACACGGCCAUCGGCUUCCUCCCGGCCCUCCAGGAUGGCCCAUUUUCGGCAACAUGUUCCAAGUCGGAGCAAUGCCUCACAAAACACUCACUCAUCUAAGCCACAAGUACGGUCCGGUAAUGUGGCUUAAACUCGGUGCCAAAAACACGAUGGUAAUACAGUCUACCAAAGCGGCCACCAUGUUUUUCAAGCAACACGACCUGUCGUUCGCGGACCGCACUGUCUAUGAAGUAAGCCGUGUGUAUGGCUACCACAAGGGGUCGCUGGCCUUAUCCCCUUACGGAUCUCACUGGCGGGUUAUGAGACGCCUACUCACGGUGGACAUGUUGGUCAACCACCGCAUCAACGACACGGCGUCUAUUCGUCGGAAGUGCGCCGACGACUUGCAGUCGUGGAUCGAAGAGGAAGCGUCGUCGUCGUCACGUGGAGUGGAGGUGGCACGUUUGGUGUUCCUCAUGACGUUCAACGUUUUCGGGAACGUGGUGUUGUCGAGGGACUUGGUGGGACCCAAAUCGGAGGAAGGGAUGGAGUUUUUCCGGGCGGUGCAUGGAUUGAUGGAGUGGAGUGGGCAUGCAAACAUGGCUGAUUACUUUCCGUGGCUGAAGUGGCUUGACCUGCAAGGUUUGAAGAGGAAGAUGAAGAGGGAUCUUGGAAAGGCUCUGGAGAUUGUCUCCAAGUUUGUGAAGGAGCGCAUGAAGGAGAGGAAGAUGGAGGGUGCAGAGCAUCAGAAAAAUGGUGGAAACUUCUUGGAUGUUGUGCUUGAACUAAUGGAAGGAAGUGGGAGUGAUGAACCACCCGAGAUUUCUGAUCAUAAUCUCAACAUUUUCAUACUGGAAAUAUUUAUGGCGGGUUCAGAAACAACAAGCAGCACAAUAGAAUGGGCACUCACCGAACUUUUAUGCAACCCAGAGGUGCUAAUGAAGGCCAAAUCCGAGCUCAAUCAAGUCAUAGGUCGAAACAGAAAGAUCGAAGAGAGUCACAUUGACAAUCUUCCCUACUUACAAUGCGUAAUCAAAGAAACUCUACGAUUGCAUCCUCCACUUCCAUUCCUAGUACCACGAAAGGCAAUGCACGACACUGUUUUUAGCGGAUACUCGAUACCGAAGAACACACAGGUAUUUGUGAAUGUUUAUGCAAUAGGAAGAGACCCAGACGUGUGGAGUGACCCCGUAUCGUUUAAGCCUGAGAGGUUCAUAGGAUCAAAAAUUGAUUACAAGGGGCAACAUUAUGAGUUGAUUCCAUUUGGAGCUGGGAGACGAAUGUGUGCGGGUGUGCCCUUGGGUCAUAGAAUGUUGCACCUAACUUUGGGGCUGUUACUUCACCAAUUUGAUUGGGAAUUUGAUGGUAGUAUUACUAGAGAGACUAUGGACUGGAAUGAAAGGUUAGGAAUGACAAUGCGAAAGCAUGAGCCAUUACUAGCAGUGCCUAAAAAGUGUUAAAUUUGGGAGUCUGUUCUAGUUGAUAUUUGUACUGGUACUGAUUGGCUUACUUUGUUUCUGAACUUAUUUCAUAA